UCCAAGAAAUAUGGUCUUACUCCUGUAGAAGGCGACCUCGUUUUGACAGACGAACUACCUUUCAGUUCUGAUGGCAGUGUUAGAGAGGAAUCAGAAGAUGCUUCCUGCCAAAUGCGAGACAAGGACGCAUUAUCUGCCCCACGCUCUGUCCCCGUGCGUAUGUUAACAGCAGAAGACGUCAAAUCAGGGGGGUUCACUAUUCAUGACAUCGUCAUGCCACUACCCGGUUAUGAUGUAACGUACCCUGGUUAUAAUUCCAAGCAGUUCUAUAAGGAACUGAUGGAUAAAGAUGGCAUUGAUAUUGAUAAUCUCCGGCAUCGUGUCAAGGACUACUCCCUAUCUGGGGCUUACAGGAAACUGGUUAUAAAACCCGCUCAUACUUGCUGGUGUUACCAUCGUUACAAUGACGUCAAUGAACCGUUAGUGCUCACUGAUAAAGAUAAACUAGAUGGCAAAACAACCUUAGUGGUCCCCCCUGGGGAAAAAUAUUUAGCGUUACAAAUUGAACUGACACUACCCCCCUCGUGUUACGCCACAAUGGCAAUAAGGGAAGURAUGAAGUGCGAGACGGCAUCUUCUCAUCAAGCUACUUUAAAUAAAGCUUAAUUUUACAUUAAAAA